GAGCUACUUUCCAGCAGACACCAGCAGAAGACACUCCCAACUCCAAUCAACCCAAUUUCGUUUCCGCCUUUCAACUAGUUGUUUUAUCGACAACUUUUUUUCAGGAUGAGGGACAUCGCAGAGAAUUCCACGUUUCCAGUCCUUGCAUUUUGAGAAGUGUCUUUAAGCGAUCAGCAAUGCACUUUGAGUGAGGCAAAUGCUGCGUAACACACGGCUAUGGCUGUGCCUUCAUAAUGUAAACACAGCGGCUGCAGCCAGCCAAGGCAGCCAAGCCAGCCUGACGAAAGCGAGCGUCUUUGGCCUCUUAUCUCCCAUUCCUCAUGUGCCCGUCAACUUGAGCCGCGGCCGCAGUCUCGCCAGUAGUGCUGCCCCCGUCAUGGAUGCCCCUAGCCCCCGUGUCCUGUCCAUCCAAAGUCAUGUUGUAUCGGGUUAUGUGGGAAACAAGAGUGCCACUUUUCCCUUGCAGGUUCUUGGCUUUGAUGUUGAUGCCAUCAAUUCUGUCCAGUUCUCAAACCACACUGGAUAUGGCUAUUGGAAAGGACAGGUAUUAGCUGAACAAGAGCUGGUUGAGCUAACAGAGGGUUUAGCUCAUAAUGGGCUUGAUUGCACUUACACUCAUUUGCUGACUGGGUACAGUCGUUCAAAAUCUUUCUUAACUCACAUAGCAAAUAUAGUUUCUCAGCUGCGUAAAAAGAAUUCUGGUUUGAUUUAUUUGUGUGAUCCUGUAAUUGGUGACAUUGGAAGAGGCAUAUAUGUCCCUACAGAAUUGAUUGAUGUCUACAAGGAAACCAUCAUACCAAUUGCAAAUAUCGUGACACCCAACCAAUUUGAACUUGAGCUACUGACAGGAAUAACUCUAAAAACCAUUGAUGAUGUUUGGGCAGCAACUGCAACAUUGCACAGCAUGGGACCUAAGACUGUUGUUAUCUCAUCUUCAGAAUUAUGUGAUGAAAAGUCUCUCCUCUGCCUGGGGAGCGCAAUAAUAGAUGGAAGACAAGAAAAGGCUAUGAUAACAUUCCCAAAGUUGAAGAGCUCAUAUACAGGAACCGGUGAUUUGUUUUCUGCUCUUCUCUUGGCUUGGAUGUGGCGAUCUCACAAUAACUUAAAACAAUCUCUGGAGUAUACUGUUGCUACUAUACAAGCUGUGCUACAGCGUACUGAAGCAUCUUGUAAAGGUGAUACUGAAAAGUUGUCAGUUUUUGACCGUGAGCUGAAGCUUAUCAAGAGCAAAAGUGACAUUGAAAAUCCCAAAGUGGUGUACCAUGCGGUAUCAAUUCUUUGAUUUAAGGCAUUUAGUGUGUUUGGCAGUCAGUAUUGUGUGCAUAAUUGAGAAGAGCCAAACUAUUCAUGGUUAUAGGCUAUGCUUUGAAUUAAUUCAUUAUAUAGCUAAACUGAUCUAAGUAUUCAAUUUUUUUGUGGAUCAAAAGUUUAGCUGCUGCUCCUUUGAUGACUGGAGAGCACAGACACUAAGAAAGAUGUGAAAUAUUUAAAACAUUCUGUAAUAGUCAUUAUGGCAUUGUCUUCUUGUCUUCUUGAGAGAAACAAGUUGGUUUCUUUCUGAAAGUGUAUGGGAAAUUGUGAAUUUGACAAUAAGAAUCAGUUUUUUUUUGUCAAGAAGAGCCUUGCAGAUUAUUGAUGACCUUGCUUAAUUUGUUGAUGUUCAUGUUAGUGGUUAUAAAAUAUUUUUUUUGUUAUUUUUUUGUUUUGUUUUAUUUUAUUUUAUUGUUAAAUUAUUAUGAUGUAGCAAAUGUUGCUUGUGACCAAUCUACUGUAACGUAAUCAAUCUUGUCUUCCAUAUUCCACAAGUUUUGAUGAUAUAUUCUUCUGUGCAUUUUUAUGUACUAUAUUGUUUAUUAUUGUUGUCAUUAAAUCUGUGCUUACACA